GCAGAGAAGGUGUAUUGAAGGAGAGAAAAUAAUAAAUAAGCAUGAUUGUACACACUUUAUGGAAUGCAUAGACGGAGAUUGGUUUAACCUUGCCUGCCCUACCAAUUAUUAUUUUAACACAAAAACAUUGGGGUGUGUGUUAGCAACAUCCUCAAUUAAUUCCUCUUUUAUUCAAAUUUGUCAAGAAUUUGAAACUAAAAUUAAUUCAAAAUUAAAUGGCAACAAUUUAGCAUUAAAUAAAAACAAAAUUGAGUCAUUACAUUUAUUGCCAGUUUAUUCGGCCAAUAAUUCAAUUAAUGCUAAUAGAGCAACUGGAGGCUUGGGGCCUCUGCCAGAAUUGAAUGAUAAAGUUUUGAAAGCUAAUUAUGUGAGAAUAUUUUUAUUUGUAAAAAUAAAUUCUGAAAAAUAUUUUCAGAAAGUAUUUUUUCAGAAUAUUUUUCAGAAUUUUAAAAAUUUAUUUAAUUAA